UAUUAGUUGUCUGGCUAAAGAAAUCAAUAUAUUUGUCGGAGAAAAUUACAAUUUAACCUUCCUUCCUUCCUUUAUGCUCUCUAUAAAGUUCACCUUUUUCACAAGCAGUUCUUAUUUUGGAGCUUUCCCUCAACAUACAGACAGACACAGAAUUUAGAGCUCAAAUUUGUAACAAUGGCGAAAAGUUUCAAGCUUCGGAUAACGAGAGUUAUCACCACUACCUUACAAUCCUGCCGUUCAAAAGACCCCUCCACUCUCCCGGAAGAUCCUGUCCCUUCACUCUCACGGCUUUCUCCGGGGAAUCCCAACUUUACAGUCGUCAAUUUCCCAAUUUCCAAGGACCAAAACCAUCGCCCUUCCUUCAAAAGCCACGUCUCAUCUACUUUCUUAUCGGCAAGUUGUGGUUGGGCAUCUAAGCCCGGUGCAAAAAUUUCUUCUGAUGAAGACUGCACCAGAUCAGAACCCCAAGAAUUCAAGUGGCAAGAGGAGGAGAAAUGGCACGUUGUUGCAAAGAUCUAUGAAGAAAAAACACCACGCCAGAAAAUCUACAACUCCGCUGCUUCCGGCGGCUCCGACGAUGAUGACUUAACUUUUGCAGCGCCUAGUUCACUACUGCCGCCGCCGCUAUCUGCGGCGGAGAAAAAGAAAAGACGCGGGAAGAAGAAGAAGAAUAACAUCCCAAGUAGACUUCGCAUUAGCACCUCGUCAGCCGAGAGUGGGUGGUUUAGUAGUGAAGGCGGUGUCAGUGUUGGUGAUGAAAGAGAUGAAGAGGAAACUGAAACCCUAGUUUGCUCCUCCAUUAGCUUCUCCACUGACUCGUCCUCAGAGUUCAACCCACGUUUGCAUCCCAUUCAAGAAACGCCCUUUACAUCAAAACCUCACCGAAGGAACAAAAGGAGAGUGGCCAAGACUUCAAAGCGCAGCAUUUCAAGGCCGUCAGUCUCGGCCGCAGACGGCGAGAUUCCAGCAAGACUGUCGAUGUUCAAGAAACUGAUACCAUGUUCCGUUGAUGGAAAAGUUAAGGAAAGUUUCGCUAUAGUGAAGAGGUCUAAGGAUCCAUACGAGGAUUUCAAGAAUUCAAUGACGGAGAUGAUUUUGGAGAAACAAAUGUUUGAAGAGAAUGAUUUGGAGCAACUCUUGCAGUGCUUCUUGUCUUUAAAUUCCAGUAAUUAUCACGGGAUUAUUGUCCAGGCCUUUUCUGAAAUUUGGGAGGCAAUUUUCUGUCCUGGUUCGAGAGCUUCUUCCGCCUAUCGCCGCCGCGUAUCUGGUGGAGCAAAUUAGAUCGAGUAUUGUAGCCAUGAUCAAAAUUAAAAUAUCCUGUAAUAUUAUUGUAGGCACUGCUAUCCAUCAGUUACUUAUGUUUUUUCUUCAUUAAUCAUAAUGAAUAUCAUUAAUUUGACUA